AUGACAUCCAAGACCGAAAACAGCUCUGUCAACGACGUGCCCGCUGGAGAUGUCCAGUUCGGCUUUGAAUGCCUGCGCAACAUUGACAGUGAUGGCAAGGUCGACCUUGCCGGAGUCGCCGCUGCCAUGGGGCACACGAACACCGCUUCUACUGGGAACCGUUUCCGACAACUUGCUCAGCGCUAUGGAUUCCAGGGCCUCAAGUCCAAGACCACAGGCACCGCUGCAAAGGCAAAGGCUGGUGGAAAAGCAGCAAAGAAGUCCGCUGCGCGCAAAGGCGCGAAGAAGUCGUCUGCAGAGCCCAUUCCGGCUAAGAAGGGGGUUGCCAAGGGUAAAGGCAAAGAGAAGGAUAGCAGUGCUGAGGAGACCGAGGGGGAGGAGGCCAAUAUCGCCGUUGUGAGUAUGUCAUGA